CCGCUUCUUCAAUCUCAGAAUGAUGUCCGUCACAUCUUCUUCUUCAUAAAUCUAUCCAAAUUUCUCGUUAUGCAAUAUCUAGAGAAGAACCCUAGCCGCUAUGCCCGUGUACGAAUCCGAUAUCCAAGAUGAGGAGGAUCUCAAUGUCCGUCACGCUUCCCUGGACAUACACCCUCUCAAGCUCUUCGACAUCGCCAAAGCUGAAGGGAGACCUUUAUACGCCGCUGCUCCCAUGGUGAGGUACAGCAAGCUGGCUUUUCGAGAGACUGUUGCGCUAUAUGGGGUUGAUCUGACUUGGACGCCUAUGGUGCUAGCCAAGGAAUUCAAUCGGAGCUUGCUGGCACGUGAUAGUGGUAAGCACGUGGUCAUUAUCUUCUUCAUCCUUUCCUAUUUUACCAGUUGCUUGGAAGCCCUAUCCUUCAUUUCAAGCCCAUUAUAUACUCAUCACACAAGUACUGUUACCCUCCUAGACUUCACAACCUCCCCCCAUGCCCCUCCAACAAUUGUCCAGUUUGGCUGCAAUUCGCCACUCGAACUGAGUAGAGCAACGACCCUCAUCGCACCUCAUGUCAAUGGCAUCGAUCUGAACUGUGGCUGUCCGCAGUCUUGGGCCUGUUCCGAGACUCUUGGUGCCGCACUCAUGCACAAACGCGAACUCGUAGCGUCCAUGGUUUCAUCCGCCAAAUCCGCUUUGGCAUCCCUCGGCUACGAGGGCCAGAAAACGGUCUCUGUGAAGAUUAGAGUUCACAAAGACUUAAGAGACACGAUUGAUUUUGUGAAGACGGUGCAGGACGCAGGAGUAGAUUUCAUCACGAUUCAUGGGAGGAUGAGAAGUACGCCUAGUUCGAAGCCUGUUGAUCUUGAGGCUAUCAAGCUAGUUACUGAGCAUGUUUAUGUGCCGAAGUUGGCCAAUGGGGAUGUGUUUACAUUGGAGGAUGCAAGAGAGCAUGUUAGGGCUACGGGGGUCGAUGGCGUCAUGGCUGCUAGAGGAUUGCUGGAGAAUCCGGGAAUGAUCAGGGGGGAUGUGAGGUGUGAGUGGGAUGUCGUGGAGAGUUUCAUGGAACGGGUAGUGAGGGCGCCGCUCCCAUUUAAGUUGGUGGUUCAUCAUCUUGGAGAAAUGGGGGGAAGUGAGAGAAGUCAACGUGGGAAGACUUUGUUCUCAAAGGAAGAGAGGGCGGAGUUGAUGGCGUGUGAAGGGAUGGUGGACUUGAUUGAUUGGUUUGAGGAAAUGAAAGAGCGGAAAGCAAGGAAUGGGAACUGAGGCAACAUGUGUCCCAGGGAGGUGAAACAUAGAUGGAAGUACUCGGCACGAAGAAUAAUCAUUUUGCGUGACUAUAUGCAUACACCCCCUGUUCCACAG